UGACUUGCCUCUGCCUCCAGGGUAUGCACCACCACGCCAGGCUUGAGAAGCGGUUUUUUAUCCAGAAGCCAGGAUCCGUUGGAUGAAUUGCUUUUAUCUCAGAGCAAGUAAAAGUAAACAUUCAUGCAAGUGAACUUCAGACCGAAGGAUCAUGUUCAGAGAAAUGCUUUUGUUUUAGUAAGUCAUUUUCAGGAAAGGGAAAUGGGUGGGGAGCCUAAACAAGAUUUCCGUUUUCAACUCCUGGUGACAGAACCAGAAUCCACUGCAAUGGAGCUGAGCUUUCCUCUCAUCAAGGAAUGAAUGUCUUCCACUGAGAAGAUGUCAUCCUCCACCUUGUCCAUCUCUGUGGUAAGAAUCAAAGUGCCUCUCCUCCGGCAGCAAGGAUGGCCAAGACCAGUCAUGAGGGCCUGGAUGCAAGACAGGACCCUGAUCACCUCCAGGAAUGGCUGGGUGAACCUAGGCUCUGGAUUCUAGGAUUCUGGGUGUUUGGAGACCUGACUCCACCCCCACCACUCUGGAAAGCUUCUCCCCAGCAGCCCUCAAACAGUCCUUCCUUCUGCAGAACUGCCUGGGCCAUAUGACCAGGUGGUCUCCCCCUGGGCCUCCAAUGCUCACACCUCACAUUUGGGCUCCUUCAGCCUGGAAAACUGGCCCAGGCACUGAAAUACUGAGGACGGAGCCCUUGGACUCCCAAGUUCCUGGCCAGGGAGGAGGAGAAAAAGGAGAGACCCAUCUGUCAGGGCUGAGCGUGGCUUGAGGGCCAGGCCAUCAGUCCUGGGAUGCCUCUGCCUGAGCCCAGUGAACAGGAGGGUGAGAGUGUGAAGCCUGGCCAGGAGCCAUCUCCCCAACCUGGCACAGAUGUGGUCCCAGCAGCCCCCAAGAAGCCCAGAAAAUUCUCCAAACUGGUCCUGCUGACAGCCUCCAAAGACAGUGCCAAAGUGGCUGGUGCCAAGCGCAAAGGAGUGCAUUGCAUCAUGUCCUUGGGGGUACCAGGCCCUGCCACCCUGGCCAAGGCUCUCCUCAAGACCCAUCCGGAGGCUCAACGGGCCAUUGAGGCAGCCGCCCAAGAGCCCAAGCAGAAGCGCAGCAAGCUGGACCGGGAUGCAGAUGGCCCAGAAGACAAAGGAUUGGUAGGAGUGGCUCCUCCCGAAGGUCCUGGGGAAGAGACUGCUGUCCUUCCUGAGGUGCCCAGUGCGUCUCCAUAACCUUGGCAGUGGCCACAGCAUGUACUUGCUGCAUAAGUUACUAUUGUAAGCAAGGAAAAAAAAAAAAAAAGAAUAAAAAGCUGUGUACUAUUUCCCACCAUAGGCAGAACUCAGGUCCUUGGGGACCAGCUCCAACUCCUUCCGGCUUUCCUUCCUAUCCCAGACUUGCCUGGCCUGGCUUCACAGUUGGGCCCCUUCAGCUUGGAAAACCAGCUGUUGGCAUAAGUAGCAAUGGUUCCCAAGGUAUUUCCUUCAUGCUGCCCUUGGCCUGAAAGGGGACACAGAGUUCUUGCUGUAGACCCAGGGUAGCCUGACCCUCCUCUCUGCCUGAUCUUUCCCUCUCCAAGAAGUCCCUCAGAUUGCUGGCUCCCAGGCAUGGAGUUCCAAUCCCUUCCCUGCAGGCACCACUGAGGGAGGGGUGAACCUGCACCCGACACUUGUCAGGGAUCUGCCCAGGGUCCUAACAAGUACAAGGGCAGCCCCUCAUGUUCUUUUCAGACAUCUGGGGCUACAAGAGAUCAUACACACACAACCUGAGCCCCUCUCUAGUCUGGAGGGGAGAUGAAAGAAAACAGCUACUUUCCUCCUCCAACACCCAAGAGUCAUGUGCUCUCAGACCCCCCAGGGCAAAGGUUUUGAUCUCCAGUCCUUUCACCUGUGGGUCCUUAUUUGAAAACCACCUCAAGGCACAAAAAAAGUUAGUUUUUUUUUGUUUUUUUUUUUUUGUUGUUGUUUUUUGAUGUAGGAUGUAGGGGCCCUGAGCUCCGAACAUGUUUUCAAAAUUAAUCACUAAAUGUUUAUUGGCCACCUCUGAAACAGAUACUUGGCACAUAUUCUGCCAUUUUACCAUAUUGCUUUUACAGGGUCGUCGUCGUUUAGAAUAUUGAUAUUCAGUUCCAAGCCUGGAACUUGGAAGAUUUUUUUUGUUCUGAUUUUCUGUUUAAAUAGAGUCCAUUGUUCUUUC